AUGCAGUUCCACUUCGCAUGGAUAGAAAUUUUUUUCCUUGCUAAUUUGUUAUUGUCUCUAGAAGGUAAGAAAAUUAGUUAUUCGACUUUUUUUACUGGCCAUAUAUCUUGAAUGUGCCAAAACGGUGAUUGUAUAUAAUUUACCCUAUUGUUAAGAGGAUCCAUUCAACGGCAAACUGCUCUUUCUAAGCUACCGUGGUUUGUGUUUCUUAUUAACUUUUAUCAUUUUCAGUUCAAACACAAACGACGGCAACUUAUUACGGAUUAUUCCUCGUUUGAGAUGAUUUAGCUUGUCUGUUAUUUCUCUUUUUGUCUUUUUUAUAUAGCUUGCACUCCUGAACCCCCUGCAGGUAAGGUCUAAAACUUUUGAUGCUUCUUCGCUUAGCUCAUCAUACAAGUCAGUUAAUGGCCAGUUGGCAUGACUCUAUACAGGCACGUUUCUUCAGGCACUCCCGUUUCUUCCUGUGGUAACACUGGAUCAAUAAGAGAUGAUCCUUACUGGACCUCUAGGAAGAACAGCUUAGAACUGAUAGAGCUAUCCAGUAUAAAUAAAGUUAGUUUAGUUUAGGUUUCCUCCUGUAGUAACACUGGAUCAAUAAGAGAUGAUCCUUACUGGACCUCUAGGAAGAACAGUUUAGAAAUGAUAGAACUAUCCAGUAUAAAUAAAGUUAGUUUAGUUUAGGUUUCCUCCUGUAGUAACACUGGAUCAAUAAGAGAUGACCCUUACUGGACCUCUAGGAAGAACAGUGUAGAACUGAUAGAGCUAUCCAGCAUAAAUAAAGUUAGUUUAGUUUAGGUUUCCUCCUGUAGUAACACUGGAUCAAUAAGAGAUGAUCCUUACUGGACCUCUAGGAAGAACAGUUUAGAACUGAUAGAGCUAUCCAGUAUAAAUAAAGUUAGUUUAGUUUAGGUUUCCUCCUGUAGUAACACUGGAUCAAUAAGAGAUGAUCCUUAUUGGACCUCUAGGAAGAACAGUUUAGAACUGAUAGAGUUAUCCAGUAUAAAUAAAGUUAGUUUAGUUUAGGUUUCCUCAUGUAGUAACACUGGAUCAAUAAGAGAUGAUCCUUACUGGACCUCUGGGGAGGACAGUUUAGAACUGAUAGAGUUAUCCAGUAUAAAUAAAGUUAGUUUAGUUUAGGUUUCCUCCUGUAGUAACACUGGAUCAAUAAGAGAUGAUCCUUACUGGACCUCUGGGGAGGACAGUUUAGAACUGAUAGAGUUAUCCAGUAUAAAUAAAGUUAGUUUAGUUUAGGUUUCCUGCUGUAGUAACACUGGAUCAAUAAGAGAUGAUCCUUACUGGACCUCUUGGAAGAACAGUUUAGAACUGAUAGAGUUAUCCAGUAUAAAUAAAGUUAGUUUAGUUUAGGUUUCCUCCCGUAGUAACACUGAACCAAUAAGAGAUGACUCUUACUGGACUUCUAGGAAGAACAGUUUAGAACUGAUAAAGCUAUCCAGUAUAAAUAAACAAUUAGUAAGGUUAGGUGAACGAACUAUUAGCCAUUAACCACAUUUUUAUUGUUAUAGCACCAACUCCUAAAGAAAACAGAGGUAAUACAUCUAUUUUUGCGAGAGCAUUCCUUUUUUUGGAAUAACGUUUAUUUUAAGAAUAUUUUUUUACUAAGCCUUAGUUUUCUAUUAAAUUUGUAUUUCACUUCCUCACAGGUAAUCCGGACUGUAAUUUUACGACCGGAGUCUGUAAUUGGAAGAAUCUUAAAGAGGUAAAUUCACCAACCAAACUCAACUGGAUCAUUGUGAAUGAGAGUGCUGACCCUAACUUGUUACCUCAGCGUGGUAAGUAGCACUGCGGGCAGUAUUUCAAUACAUCUUAACAUUGGGAAGCAAUGUGACAGAUGUGGAUAGAGCUUCUGACUGACUCUUUCACCGUAGCUGUGCACCGUGAUCUGACAUGAGUCAUAAGGUGUCUACCAGAGGCGCCCUUAGAAAGCCUUCGACUGGAUCAGGUUGAGCUGCGUCCUUCGCUGCUUAGCUCUCAGCUGUAAGUAAGGAUGAUUGUCUCUUUCUUAUUGAAAUAGGUUCAGAGCCUGGCUAUGCGUGGCUUGACUAUCUCGAUCCUUAUAACUACUUUGAGAAUCAGCGUGGUCGGUUGGAGAGUCCUCUUAUCACUGGACCAAGGUGUAUGACGUUUUACUUUUACCUCCAUGGUAACCGCACUGGCUUUUUGAAUAUCGAGACUAAGCAAGGAAUCAAAGAUCCUAAAUUAAUAUUCAGUCGCUAUGGUAACCAUGGGAUGACGUGGCAACGGGCUCAAGUUUAUAUUAAUAUCACUGGAGACUACAAGGUGACGUAUUUCUAAAUUUAGACAUAAACUAAACUAACUUUAUACUGGAUAGCUCUCUCGAUUCUAAACUGUUCUCCCUGGAGGUCCAGUAAGGUUCAUCUCUUAUUGAUCCAGUGUUACUACAGGAGGAAAUCUAAACUAAAACUAACUUUAUUUAUACUGGAUAACUCUAUCAGUUCUAAACUGUUCUCCCUAGAGGCCUAGUAAGGAUCAUCUCUUAUUGAUCCAGUGUUACUACAGGAGGAAACCUAAACUAAACUAACUUUAUUUAUACUGGAUAGCUCUAUCAGUUCUAAACUGUUCUUCCUAGAGGUCCAGUAAGAAUCAUCUCUUAUUGAUCCAGUGUUACUACAGGAGGAAACCUAAGUGGAUAGCUCUACCAGUUCUACAUCGUUCUUCUUAGAGGUCCAGUAAAAGUGCAAAGGUUAUUUGAGGUGAAAUUAUAAUGAGACAACUGCAUAUUGUACGAAACAAACCUCAGUCACAGAGGUGACAGAGACAUACUCUAACCACUCUGACAUGUACUGAUGACUGAGUGGGGCGGAUAAAACAGUUAAAGAGGCUUUAGUAAUCUCUAUUUGGUCUGAAACAGGUCGUCAUCACAGGGACUGUUGGAGAUCACGCAACACGACAUGCUCCGGGACUUGACGACAUCACUUUCCGCAAUCAAACAUGUGAUCAGGAAUCUACAGGUAUUAUUAUUAUGUUAUGGUUGGGAUUUAGAUUAAGGUAAGGAUUAGGAUUGGGGUUAAUGCUAUAGUUUCUGAUCAGAAUGAGGGUAUUUUUGUAUUCUUUUUGUAGAAGCAAAAUUUAACUGUUCAAUGCGAAAUCAUCGCUGCAGCUGGCAAGAUAAAGGAUCGUUGCUGCCUAUGAAAGCGGAGUAUAAUCAAGGUACAUCUUUAAGAUGUUGGUGUCACAGUAUUUAGUGAAUGUUUCUUUCAUUUCUGUGACCGAGAUUUAAUUUCACCUCAGUCACAUGUGAGAAGAGUGCUUCCCGUUUGACUCUACAAAACACCACAAGUUUACUUUUCCUCGAAUUCUCUAGUAUCCUUUUGUAGUAUAAUUGUACAGGAUCUUUAUUGGAACACUGUAGAGAUGAUUAAGCUAUUCACAAAGCUAGUUUAGUUUAAACUUAAUUUAGCGUAGUUUAGCUUUCCACGUAUAGCUCAACUCCAACAUAUAAUAUAAGAAAGAUCUUUUUCUAUUUUAGAUUUGAAGAGAUAUGUCCUGAAAGCCAUGGGAUUCGGCCAACUCGAUAAAUUUUACCUCAGAAGUCCUUCAGUUCAUUUCGAAAAAGCUUGCUUUCACUUCAGUUAUUUAGCUGACGUUAAACCGUGGGAAUUAGAUUUCCUUGGACGAUUGUUUCUUUUUGUUGAGAGGUUGAAUGAUGGCGAGAGGUUUCCUGUUUGGAGUCAGAAUGUUUAUUACGGAGCCGAGUGGAACGAUAUUUAUGUCGAAAUUGUGCUGCCUUUUAGUGAAUAUAACGUAAGUUCUAUCUGUUCUAAAUUGUUCUUCCUAGUGGUCCAAUAAGGAUCAUCUCUUAUUGAUCCAGUGUUACUACAGAAGGAAACCUACACAAAACUAACUUUAUUUAUACUGGAUAGCUCUAUCAGUUCUAAACUGUUCUCUCUAGAGGUCCAAUAAGGAUCAUCUCUUAUUGAUCCAGUGUUACUACAGGAGGAGACCUAAACUAAACUAACUUUAUUUAUACUGGAUAACUCUAUCAGUUCUAAACUGUUCUUCCUAGAGGUCCAGUAAGGAUCAUCUCUUAUUGAUCCAGUGUUACUACAGGAGGAAACCUAAACUAAACUAACUGUAUUUAUACUGGAUAGCUCUAUCAGUUCUAAACUGUUCUUCCUAGAGGUCCAGUAAGGAUCAUCUCUUAUUGAUCCAGUGUUACUACAGGAGGAAACCUAAACUAACUUUAUUUAUACUGGAUUGCUCUAUCAGUUCUAAACUGUUCUUCCUAGAGGUCCAGUAAGGAUCAUCUCUUAUUGAUCCAGUGUUACUACAGGAGGAAACCUUCACUAAACUUACUUUAUUUAUACUGGAUAGCUCUAUCAGUUCUAAACUGUUUUCCUAGAGGUCCAGUAGGGGCCAUCUCUAAUUGGCUAUCCACAAUGGUCCAAUUUUUUUUCUUUCUUUAGUUCAUCGUUGAAGGCCUGAAAAUAUCUACAGAUUUUUUAUUCCGUGAUUUUUCGCUUUCUUCAAGUUAUGAAAAUUGUCCAACCUCAGGUAAUAUAUAACUAGUAUAUUUAUUAAUACUUACUCGACCUGUAGUAAAUAUUUUCUUUUUUUUUCUUACUCAAGCCGAGAAAAAGCUUUACAUAACCCAGAAUCCAAGCCAACCACAGAAACUAUCAAUUUCUGAACAAUCCGGGUUCUGUGGCUCGUUUCCUAAUUGGUAUUUGAUAACUGCCGUGGUACCGAGUCUCAUAUUUCCUCAAACUAUAUACGUCUACUCUAUAAACGACUUCCUUAUAUUGAACACUGACCGCAAUGAUACACUGUAUGGUGAGUUGCUACGUUACUUUUAUGUUGGCAAUGACAACCGGUUCAACCAAUCACAAGUCGUAUAUACAGUAUUGCAGGAUGGAGAUGGGUUUGCCUAUGUUACGGAGUUCCUACCCAGGCCUAUUCUCAACAGCACGGAUUAUGGUUUCUUUGUAAAAGAAUUUGUCCGCAUUGAAGGUAGGUAUGGCAUCAUAGGGUGACGUCAUCUCGGGCUGACGUCAUGUAAGGAUCAAGUAUAAAUAAAGUGAGUUUAGUUUAGUUUCCUCCUGUAGAAACACUGGAUCAAUAAGAGAUGAUCCUUACUGGACCUCUAGGAAGAACAGUGUAGAACUAAUAGAGCUAUCCAGUAUAAAUAAAGUUAGUUUAGUUUAGGUUUCCUUCUGUAGUAACACUGGAUCAAUAAGAGAUGAUCUUCGCUGGACCUCUAGCGAGACCAGUUUAGAGCUGACAGAGCUAUUUAGGUUUAGCUAUCUAAAAUUGAACUAAUGUAUCAUCAAUCGUCGUUCUAGAUGAGAGCAAAUGUGAACACGGAUGGACAGAAUUAGCAGGAAAAUGCUACAAGUUGUUUUGUGAAAAGAAAAUGUGGAACGAUGCUAGAAUAGAUUGCUUCAAGAACGAGGCUGACCUAGCUUCGUUAUCAAAUAACAAACUGAAUAUCGCUAAAGAAUAUUUGGAGCGAGUACAAGUCCGUCUUCUCGGGGCAGGUACCGUGUCGGUAGGCUUGUUUAAGAUCGGUCAGGAGUGGAAGUGGAUUGAUGGGGAAAGCUAUAAUGGUAGUUUCGCGUCAACGAGAGUUGCAAAAGGUCGUUUAGCUUGGAGUAACGAAGAGAAUGAUUGGAUUUUGAAAGCAGCCCAACACCCCGUGUAUCAAGAUGUUGAAGGAACCUCAGAUUUAUAUUUCUGUGAAAAAAUGCGAG